AUGAGUUGCUUAAAGGCAGGACUGUUGAAGACCUUAUCCAAGGAUUUGUGUCUUCUCCUUGAAGAGGCAAUUGAAUAUAAUGUAUUAAUCACUGCCGGCACUGGCGACAACACAAAAACUUUCAAAGCUCAUACAGUAAUCUUACGCUCUCGGUCUGCUUAUUUUCGUAAUGCUUUAUCAGAUACAUGGGCAAAAAAGGAAUCAGAUCAUAUUGUAUUUACUAAGCCAAAUAUUUCACCAGAAGCAUUUGAAGUUAUUUUGGGAUAUAUUUAUGGUGCGACUAUUAAUCUACCAGCAAUUGACAUGUUGGUAAUUCUCGAAAUUCUAAUUGCCACCGACGAGCUUUGUCUCACGGAAUUAGCUGAUUACAUCAUUGAACACCUUUUUAACAAUAAACAAUGGAUGCGAGAAAAUUUUAUUUUAAUCUAUCAAACAGCAUUCCUUAAAGGAUCGUUUAAGAAUCUUCAAUUAUUUUGUAUAGAUAUUAUUGAAAAGACACCAGACAUAAUAUUCAAAGCAAAAGAUUUUACAGACACUGAUCCCAAGCUGCUAACUAUUUUGUUAGGACAAAGUAACUUGCUUACUCCAGAAAUUGAAGUUUGGGAUGCACUUCUCAAAUGGGGAAUGUCCAAUACAUCACCUCCUCUUGAUCCAAAUUAUAAAAUUUGGACACAAGAAUCAUUUCAAAAUUUACAAGAAAUUUUACAACAAUUUAUUCCUUUUAUUAACUUUACAGUUAUUUCUUCGAGUGAUUUUUAUUAUAAAAUCAUACCAUUUCAACUCAUUCUUCCAAGUGAUCUAUACGAUGAUUUACUUAAAUUUCAUUUAGCACCUCAAAUCAAUCCAACACACCAAUUUUUACGUUCUCCAAAACGGAAUCAACCGUUCCAAUCAAUAUUUAUUAAUAACAAUCACGCAGCUUGGAUAAUGAGUCAAAUUGACUACAAUCAACCAGCCAUAACAUACAAUGGAAAUAAUCCAAAAUUACUUCCUUACGAUCUUAAAUUAUUAACUUCUUCUAGUUUCAUAUUUUCUUUAAAUAAAACAAAUGUUGGUCAAUCUAUUGUUAGUAGAGUAGUGAAUUAUAGUAAAGCGAUUCGAAACUCACAUGGGCCAUCAUUUGGCAAUGAUGAUUUGUGGGUGAAAGUCACUUGCGUUAGAAAUCUUCCCCUACCUAGUUUUUGUAGACCGAGAAGUUAUGAGAGAAGAAUUUUUGAUUUAGAACAAUUUCAUGUGGAAGAUUAUGAGGUAUUUCAGGUUAUUAAAAAGACAAAUGUUAUUUAUCUCUAG